AUGUCAGUUCACAUUGGUGAAUCAGAGGAUUGCAGCAGCUUUGAUGGUGGAGAAGGUGAAAGAUAUCUGCCAUGUUGUACCUCUGGACUCAACACAGCUAGAUUAACUAUUGUAGUUGGAGACAAACACUUCUCUGAGGAGAGACUGUUGCUUGUUCAGAGCUGUGACUAUUUCCAAGCUCUGUGUCGCUCGGGAAUGAAGGAAUGUCAGCAAGAAGAAAUCCACCUCCGGUCUCUGCAUGCUCAAGGCUUUAUUAUCACCUUGGCAGUUUUACAUGGUGAGAUGCCCAUUUUGGACGGAGAUGAUAUUGUUGAAGCCAUUGAAUGCGGUGCUUUCUUGCAGGUGACAUCGCUCACCAAGCAUCUUAUCAACCUCUGCGAUGCUGACAACUGUUUGCUGAUGUAUCACCCUGCAGCAACCUUAGGCCUCAUCGAUCUUUACCACACUGCUGCACUGUUCAUUCGAGACAUGUACGCCGACCUGGAGGAAGAAGUCAGGAAAACCUUACCAUUAGAGCUGAUCACUUACGUAGAAUCUUUGACGCCGAGUGUUUUCGUGGCUGUAGGGGCCCAUGUGACUUGUUGUGUUGAUGAAACUGUCCAUGCUGCAUCCAGGACGAUCUCCUACCUGGAUGAAACUGGCAACACCUGGAAAGUAUUAAUAGAUCUUCCACUGGAGGCCAGCACCUCCAUGGCUGGAGUGACUGUUUUAGACAACAAACUCUACAUUAUUGGAGGAGUUCAUGGAGUCUACAAACAAAUUGUGGACUCUUGUUUCUGCUACAGUGUUGAAAGCAGCAGCUGGAGCAGCAUUCCCAGUCCAGCUCAGCUGCACUAUAAUCUGAAUUUAGUGGGUGCAGAUGGUUAUCUUUAUGCCAUUGGAGGAGAAUAUGAGCAAACAGUGAUGUCAUCUGUGGAAACAUACAAUGUAAAGCUUCGGUCGUGGACGUUUGCUGCUCACUUACCUCGGCUGGCAGCAGGAGCAGCUUGCACCAAAACCAUGAGCAGCAUAUUUCGUUCCCUCUUUGACUCCAGCCUCCAGCGUUUCACGAACCACACCAGCCGUAACCCUCUCCAGCUUCACCACGGAACCCACCGCAAAGAGCACCCUCACGAGAAGUUCUCCUUCCACGAGCACCUGCACUGGGAAAACCUUCACCGGGAAGAAGCACCUCGGGCACCGUCCCUGCGCGCACCAUCCUCUGAUUCCUCCACGCCUCCCUCUCCAGCACUACCUCGGCAGCACUUCCCCCUCCUCGGAUUCCAGCACGGACAAACCUCCACCUGCACCCCCCUCGACUGGCACUCCUGCAUCUGUUUCCUGCUCCUG